CGUCACUUUUGCCAUCCUACCAUCCCCUCUCCUGCGUGCGGAGGCCAGCAUGGCCGACGCCUCCCCACGACCUCGUGCGCGGCACGACUACCUCGUCGGGCUAGCCCUUCUCUUGCUCGUCGUGCUGCUCUGGACGGGCUCCAACUUCCUCACCAACUCGCUCCUCACCAGCGGGUGGGACAAGCCAUUCGCUGUCACCUACGCCAACACGUCCAGCUUCGCACUCUAUAUGGUGCCGUUUGCAUGCGCUCUGCGGAGGAAAGCGAGCAGGGGCAGGGGAAGAAGUAGGAGGAGUGAUGCGGGGGUCGUACCGAGCUGGGCGACGAAGCUGGGCUUCUCGUUGCCGCUUCAACGGCGGGACGAGAGGAGGGACGAGGAGGAGAGACUCAUUGCGGGCGGCAGAGGACUGCGCGCUGCCUCUCCAGAUAUCUCGCGACGGCCAUCCUCCAUUGACGGCAGACGGCCGCUCACCGCCAUCACACCCCUCGUGGCGACUCCUCACGCUGCACAGCUCGCUCCGCUCACGGUGCGCGAGACGGCCAUCCUCGCGGCGCAGUUCACACUCGUCUGGGUUCUCGCCAACUACUGCCUCAACGCCUCCCUCGCCCUCACCUCCGUAGCAAGCAGCACCACCCUCUCUUCUGCAUCCGGCUUCUUCACCCUCGCCCUCGGAUCCCUGACCGGCGUAGAGAGGUUCUCUCCCGCCAAGCUCGUCGCCGUGUGCGUCUCGUUUGUGGGUGUGGCGCUCGUGACCCACGCAGACGCCGUAGGAGCCCGCGCAAUCAAUGCUCCACUCGGCGACGCCUGCGCACUGGCCUCCGCCUUCUUCUACGCCCUCUACGUCACGCUCCUCAAGCUGCGCAUCCAGAGCGAGGACCGCGUCAGUAUGCCCCUCUUCUUUGGCUUUGUGGGCCUCUUCAACAUCUUUACGCUUUGGCCUGUCGCGUUGAUACUCUCGGCCACCGGAGUCGAGCCGCUCGAGCUUCCGCCAGACAGUGCGACUUGGGCAGGCGUCGCGGUGAAUAUGGCAAUCACUUUCGUGAGCGACUUUGCCUACCUCCUCUCCAUGCUCAAGACGGCACCACUCGUGGCGACUGUGGGAUUGUCGCUCACGAUCCCGCUCGCUGUGGUGAUCGAUGUGAUUCGCGGCACACACUCGGGUGGAUGGAGGGCGGAUCUGGGGUCAGCUGCCGUGCUCUUGAGCUUCGUGGCGAUUGGGUGGGAUGACAGUCGCGUUGACGAUGUGCAGGCUCAGUAA